UGGCUUGAAAAUGACCUUAUUAUUGAAACCUAAAUUACGUAGCCAGAGUACACGUUUUAUGUAUAAAACGAGGAGGUAACUGUACAAUUUUGCGAUUUCCUAUGACUCACUCUUGAAUUGAAGGACGUGUUGUUUCAUAAGAUAGGGCUGUUCUUCCACCCCUUCUCGCACGUUUAAAAGUGGACCGUUCUCGACUGAUCUACCAAUUUACGGAAGAAAUGGCCAUAAUUUAUAGAUUAUUGUUUAGAGACGCGUAACCUAAAUAUGGAAUGAAACUAACAAUGGCCCCGGCUCCCAACCGUGGACGCGACUAGCAUCUUGGGAGACAGAACGGGACCCGUUACCGAGCCAGUGACAGCUAAAACGUGGGCCACCAAGGAACAAACAAAAAAAAAAUAUCUGAAUCUUGGCAUUUUGGAACUGACCGAAGUUCGGCUUCCAGAUCAUCCAGACCGUUAUUGAGCUGACUGGAAGAGCACUCAUUUCGCUUCUCACAUUUUUCUUUGUAUGUGAACGGUGACAUGGCACCGCACCGACAGUCAUAUUAAUGGCUGCCGAAUCUGGGAGGCUGCCGGCGGGACAAGGUCAAGGGAAGCGAGGCAAAGGUUCACAGAUGAAGAGCCCGGAAAAAAAGAAGAGGAAAUCUAAUGCCCAGGGGGCAGCCUUCUCCCACCUCUCUGAGUUUGCCCCCCCUCCCACCCCCAUGGUGGACCACCUGGUGGCCUCCAACCCGUUUGACGAUGACUUCGGCCCCCCCCAGCGCGCCGGAGGGGCGGGGGGUCCGGGCGGGGCCCCCUUCCUGCCCAGCCCGGGGGGAGGAGGCGGGGGAGGGGGCGGCUACGGGGGCGGGGGCAGGAUGGGGGGCGGUAUGGCGUUCAUGGGAGGCCCCGGAGGACCGGGCGGAGGGCAGCCCAACCGCCGGCCCCCGUUCGGCCCCGGACCCCCGAACGCGGGGCCCCACCACCAGCUGGGGUUCGGAGGGAUCCCGGGGUUCGGAGGCGGGGGCGGCGGAGGAGGGGGCGGAGGCUUCCCGCCUGGGGGGCCCUCCCAGUUUAACCUGCCCCCGAAUUUCAGCCCGCCCAUGCACCCCGGCCCCGGGUUCAACCCCAUGCUGUCCCCCGGGGGCAUGGGGGGCCCGGGGGGAGGGGGGCCCCCACAUCCCCGCUUCGGAAUGCCCCCGCAGCAGCCCCAGCACGGACAGGGGGGUGGCCACCCCUUCAACAGCCCGCCUUUACCCGGCGGCCCGGGCCCCCGGGGGCCCCCACACGGGGCCCUCAACCCCAUGGGGGGCAUGCAGGGCGGGAUCAACCUGAUGGGCGGGAUGGGCGGCGGAGGGGGGGGUGGGAACAUGGUGGGGGGGCCCCUCGGGUUGCCCCCGCCGGGGCAGUUCCAGCCCUCCCAGGACGGGCCCUAUCCGGGGCCCAGCCCCCCCGGGAGCGAGGACGGGAAGAACUUUGGGGGAGGGGGGGGAGGAGGAGGGGGCGGUCCCCAGUCGGGUCCCCCCUCUCAACAGCAGCAGCAGCAGCAGCAGCAGCAGCAGCAGCCACCGAACUUAAACGCGCCCCCUCCCAACAACUCCACCCCGGGCCCACCCCCCUCUGGCCCCCAGCCGCCCCAGCCCGGGGGAGGAGGAGGAGGGUUCCCGGGACACCCUGACCUCCAGCAGCAGAACCCCAACACCCCCAACCAGCCCCCCUCAGCGGGGCCGCCGCCCAACCCCAACUCCUCCCCGACCGGCCCUCUCAACGGGCCGCAGCCCCCCCAGCAACAGCAGCCGUCCAAUCCGCUGCAGCCGCCCAACUCCGGCAACGCCCCCUCCGGAAACCCCUCCCAGCAACAACAGCAGCAGGCCACGCCCCCAAACUCCGCCCCCGGCAACGCCCCGUACAGCCAGCAGAACAGCGCCCCGCCGCCCGGCAACCAGCCGCCCAACGCCAACCCGCCCAACCUGACCAACAGCAGCAACGCCAGCGCCCCCGGCAACAACCCCAACAACCCGCCGUCCAACUCCACCCCGACCCCCUCCACCCAGUCCCCUCUCCCGCCGGGCCCCGCGCCCUCCUCCUCCUCAUCCUCCGGCCCGGGCCCCGGGCCCCAGAAGCUGGGCGGGGGGAUGGUGUUCCCCUGCGGCUUCUGCCUGUCGGAGGUGCACGACGAGCAGGAGGCCAUUUUGUGCGAGGCGUCGUGCCACCGCUGGUUCCACCGCGACUGCACGGGCCUGACGGAGCCGGCCUACGGGCUGCUGACCCGCGAGAGCUCGGCCGUGUGGGCCUGCGACUUCUGCCUCAAGACCAAGGAGAUCCAGGCCGUCUACCUGCGCCAGGGCAUGGGCCAGCUGGUGGCGGCUAACGAGGGCUGAGAGCGGGGGAGAGGGAGGGAGGGAUGGAGGGAUGGAGGGAGGGAGGGAGAGACAGAGGGGUCGGGGGACGGACAGAGACGGGGUCUCGAUUGGUCGACCGAACGAAAGCUUUGCCACCGCCCCCCCCCCGCCCGUCCGACUAUGUGACAAGACUCUUUUUUUGUAAAGGCUGUUGACUGACACGCCCCCUUUCUGUACGAUACACACACACACACACACGCACACGCACACACACAUACACAAGUACGUUUUAGGACUUAACUGUAGGAGCUUUCCUCCCCCGUCGAGUUCCAACGCGUCGACCGACGUUUGUAUCCCCGAGGACCCGAGGCACUGACCCACGGAAAGGCACUGACCAGAUUCACUACCUCACACAGUGACUUACCGACUGACGCCGACGCUCCCAACCUACCGACUCGCAGUGAGACUCCCACCGGCAAGCGCCAUCCUCAUUCACCACCCGCCCCGGACUCCAACUCCCAUGAUGCUCUGCCGCAAGACUCCAAAGGAAACCUGGGUAGCCCCUCUCGGUGUGCUCGACUUCCCACGGACCUCCAGCGCCUCCGAGAGACUACUUUGCUGUACGAAUACGUGUAGAUACCGAAAAUUAAUCGAGAAAUAUAUUGUUCUGCUCGAGUUGUAACGCAGGAAAGUCUGUUGGGCCGAAACUUCCUGCUUCUUAAAUAAAUUUUAAAAAAGGAAAAAAAAAACAAAACAAACAUUUUAUGCUACAUUUGAGUCACCUGCUUGCAGUCGGUGGAUGUAGACGAGCGGUGAAUUCGAUGCUGACCAUAUCACAUCCGUGUAGUAAAGUAGUGCUCUUGUACCAGAUCAGACCUGUAAUGCUCGGUUUGUAUACAGCCCAACGCAGUGAGACGACGUGCUCACGUGGCCUUGAAGAAGACCAAAUUGCUCUGAACUAAAAAUGUCCGUUAUCAGAUUACUGACACAGCGGAGGAUGUUUAUAAUAAUAGCUUAACGGUUAUUGUUUUUGUUUUUUUCCACAAUUUCUGUCCAAAGCAUCAUUUUUGGCCUUUUUUUCUCGUUUUCUUUUGACAUUUUUUGUACUGACAUUUGUGCUGUUCAGUGAUCUCUGUUCUGCUGCCCUCUGGUGGUCACCAAAGGGAUCAGUCACACCUGGGGAAAAAUGGUACUGAACUUAAGUAAAGAGAAUCAUUUUUGUACUUGUA